GCUAUGGUCAGUGAAGCGACGUAAUUUGACGUUUUUUAGCGUUUCAUAUGACAGGAGCCCGACAUACUGUUUAUUGAGUGACUUUAAUUAAGGCUACUACAGGUGGGAAUCGCAUUUGUUUCGGCUCUUGGCUAUAGGAUAACGUUGUGACUUAGGCGGCAAUAAACACGACACAGCGCAGUCUGACCACAACUUUCACGGGACAGAAUGGGCGAAAAACAAGAUCUACGUCUGCGGGACGUAAAAACAGUUCCUGACCAAGUUAAAAAUGGAAAUGUCCAACACGAGGUUAAACCACCGAAAGACUUUAGCGAUGAUGACAGUUCCUCUGACAGAUGUCCACAACUUCAAGAAUCUUGCUCAGCGUGUUGUAUCCCAUGCCUCACUAGCCACAACCCUCUGCCAGACAACGCAAAUAUUUUUCAAAGAAUACGAUACGGUCUAAUGCUUCCCCCACAUGGAAAUCUGGCUUCAUAUUUUCAGUUUGCAGUCGUGUGUCUACAAGUAUGGAUAGUUCUCUACACUUGGACAAACACAGAGGCAUUACCAGGGGGCAACUAUUUCUCCCUUCUUGUCUUGUUUGUUUGCUGUGCUAUUGGCGGUUAUCUUAUUUCCUUCGUGAAUCUGCCGCCGUUACUUGGAAUGUUAAUAAUGGGUUUAUUGCUAAAGAACAUUCCAGUGGUACGAAGUGUUGGUGAUAACAUCGAUGGUAAAUGGUCGGGAGUUUUGCGAAAAGUUGCUCUGACGGUGAUUUUAACACGUGCUGGUCUCGGAUUGGAUAUUAUCAAACUGAAGAAAUUGUCAUGGGCGGUGCUUCGCCUUGCUUUCAUUCCAUGUGCGGCAGAAAUCAUGACGUCAGCAGUAGUUUCCCGCUUCUUGUUAGGGUUUCCAUGGGCAUGGAGUCUAAUGUUGGGAUGUAUCAUGGGGGCGUUAUCACCGGCUGUCACAGUUCCCUCCCUUGUAAGUCUACAAGAUCGCCGAUAUGGAGUUGCCAAGGGAAUUCCAACAAUGCUUCUUGCCGCUGGUGGUCUUGACAACGUACUGAGCGUGACGGGAUUCUCCGUUUUCUUUGGAAUUAUUUUCUCAGAUAGUGAUUUAGUGGUAACCAUUUUCAAAGGUCCUAUUGGCGUGUGUGUUGGUAUAAUAUAUGGUUUUGUUGCUGGUAUAUUUCUGUGGUACAUUCCAGCCAGGGAUUGUGCAAAUAAAGUUUUCUUCAGGUCACUGUUACUUCUCGGCGCGGGUCUUGUGGCAAUCUUCGGCAGCUCGGCAAUCAAACUUUCAGGAGCAGGGCCUAUUGGAUGUCUCACCACAGCUACUGUUGCAGCCUAUAAAUGGCGUCAGAGACGUCAACCAGGAGAGCCGGACGAGGUGUCAAGUGUUAUGGCACUAGCCUGGUUAAUAGUGCAACAUUUCCUCUUUGGUCUAAUCGGAAGCGCUGUUGACGUCAGCAAAAUCGAGUCCAGUACAGCAGGUCUUGGUAUAGCGACGCUAGGAAUCGGUCUUGUCGUCAGGAGUGUGUUUUCAUUCACCGUUACCAUAGGAACUGGCUUCAACAUUAAAGAAAGAGUGUUUAUAACGAUGACAUGGCUAUCAAAGGCUACAGUACAGGCGGCGACUGGGGGACUUGCUAUUGCCGAGGUCAUGCUGUCAGAUAAACCCCACGCUGAUGAUAUAAAGUACGGUACAGAUGUGUUAACAAUAUCUGUAUUAGCUAUUAUCAUCUGUGCUCCUAUUGGAGCUACAUUGAUGGGAGUUCUAGGACCAAAGUUCCUUCAACAUGGUGAUGACGAAGAGGUUGAUACAGACGUUAUCCCCAAUGAUCCUGUGAAGUCAGACCAAUACGUCGUCACGGAAACAGAAUUGACAGAAUUGACAGAAAUAACUACACCAGAAAUUAAACCAAUCGAUAACAAUCAAUUUAAAUCCGAAUUAUCCCUUACACUACAAAAGCGUUCAUCGAGACAGAGUCUUAGUGAUCUAGAUCAGUUCGAAACAACUUCUCUAGAUCAGGUUAAGGAGCUCAAAGAUGACACAGUAGAGAUAGGAAUCUCCAACCCAGCAUACGACGAAUCUUUUGACGAAGAAAUAUUACCAGAAACCACUGAAGAAAUUAAAGCUGACUUAAAUGAAACAAAUGCCAUUGUGGAAGAUGUAGAUGUAAAUAAUAUCGUCACAGAGAGCGAUGUCCAAAUAUCUGAUGAUACUAUCAGACCCAAGAUAGAAAUAAACACUGAUCAAAAUUUAAGUAAUGACGUCAAUCAACAAAAAGAUAAAGAAGAAAAGUACAUAACUAUAAUCCAAACGCCGUCUCCAAAGGAAGUUAAUGAACACUAAAGAUUGUUUUAAUCGAUUUCAUUGAAUUCCCAAAGAAAUGUAAGGGAACUGUCGUAAUAUUGGACAGAGGAAGGAACAUAUUAAGAUUUUGAAUGUUUGAAUAUCCCAUUAGUCAUGCAGGGAAUGAGCAAGAUUAUUAAAGCGGCUUUAAGCUUUUAUAUUUUGUUGGAAAAAUAAUUCUGUGUUGUUUUAGACUGAGUAUUGCAGUAAUUUUAUCAACGAAAAGUGCAUCAUAUCACUAUUAAGCCUUCUUCAACACAGUGUCCCGAGAGAUAUUUAUAGCAUGCCAGUGACGUAUGUUUCAAAAAUGAGAGAUCGGGAAACGAAUCGUCUGAUUUUCUAAUUUUAAUAUAGAGAUUGAACCGGUAUAUUAGGGGUAUCAUGGGGUUUCCCUAUUGUUUAUGUUACUUAAUUCUUUUGAUUUGUGAAGUAUUUGAAAUGAUUUAUCUAAAAAUAGCAUAUUUUAGCUUUAGAAAAAGCUAAAGGCCUCUUUAAUGUUUUGCUUAUGUUUUUGUUUUGUUUUUAUUUCAUUAGGCAAUGCAGGCAUUCUUAUAUUUUUCACUUUGUUGUAUAUAUAUUUUUAUCGACACGGAAGUGUGGUCGAAUAUUAUUGUUUGUAAAAUAAAUCAUUUAAAAGUA